GCGGGGCCUAACGGAGAGACGGGCCCGAGGCCAGCCAAUCCGGUGCAAGCUCGGUCCGUGCUCCACGUCGGCAUCAGAAGCGACCAAGAUGGAGGCGCUGAUCCUGGAGCCCUCUCUCUACACAGUCAAAGCCACCCUGAUCUUGGACAAUGAUGGAGACCGUCUGUUUGCGAAGUACUAUGAUGACACUUACCCCACUGUCAAGGAGCAAAAGGCUUUUGAGAAGAAUAUUUUCAACAAGACUCACCGGACAGAUAGUGAGAUUGCUCUCCUAGAGGGACUGACGGUCGUUUACAAGAGCAGCAUUGACCUGUAUUUCUAUGUCAUCGGCAGUUCCUAUGAAAACGAGCUGAUGCUGAUGGCUGUGCUCAACUGCCUCUUCGAUUCACUCAGUCAAAUGCUGAGGAAGAAUGUGGAGAAGAGAGCACUCCUGGAGAACAUGGAGGGCCUUUUCCUGGCUGUGGAUGAAAUUGUGGAUGGAGGGGUGAUUCUUGAGAGUGACCCCCAACAGGUGUUACAUAGAGUUGCUGUGCGGGGAGAGGAUGUCCCUCUUACAGAACAAACAGUCUCACAGGUACUGCAAUCAGCAAAGGAACAGAUCAAGUGGUCGCUACUGCGAUGAAGAGCCACAAGCAACCCAUUGACCUACUGUGUCCCUGUCUGCCUUCCCUGUCUCGCACUGACCAAAAUAUAACAUGACCACAGAUUUUGAAGUAUCUCAUAUCCUGAUCUUAGUCUCAUCACUGUUUCAUUAGUCGGUACUAGCAUUGGGGAAGGGAGACCAGCAUGAAGGGCAAGACUGUUUUCAGAACGGCAUACUUCGGUGGAAAAUAUCAUCAUAUCUGAUACUGUCUGUCCACUUUGUCCUCUCCAAAACUUUAAUCCAAAAAGCUGUAUGAAAAAGGGUUUUUUUGCCCUUUGGAGUCCAUUUCCAGUUCUACCCAUGGGCCGUGCACAAGGCUCCCAUCUGGAUAUAUGGCAUUUUCACUCUUACAAAACUAUGUGGGACCUGGAUCCCAUGCACCAUCCAGCCUGGAUCAGUCUUUCAACGUGGUUGCUGCCUGUUGCAAAGGAUUCGAUCCAUAUCCUUAGUGUUAGGAAAGUGCCUAGUGCUAGUGAGGGCCCUUUACAGCCACUUGAUGUGUUUUAUUUGGCCCAUGCCUCAAUCAACUGCUAAUUGAAGGCAUCCAGCAAGAGAAGUAACCUGUUGGACUCAUUCUUGAAUAGUUUCUCGUAGUGCUCUAUCCAAAUACUUUUUUUAUGAUUUAAGAAAUGUUAUCUCUGCUUUUCUUCUGGGAUGGCAGAAAAUAGAUCUUUGCCCUCUUUCAUGUGGUUGCUUUUGAAGUGUCAUCUUCUCCCUUUCAGGCCCAAAAUCUUUGGUUCAAACAUUCCAUUACCCCACUCUUCCAUAUUACUUGAUUUCUGUACCUUUGGUUAUCAUUCAUUGCCUUAUUCUAAACCUGUUCAUUUGUGUAUAUCCUUUUGAAAGUAAGUCACCCAGAACUGGAAGCUGCACAGUCUUUUUAGUUCCUGUGAUUUGGAAACUUGGGAAUCUUACCCAGUUUUUAUCAGUGGUUACACACGACAAUUUGCCAUAAUUUUUUAUUCAUAGAUCAGUUCAGUGAUAUUGGUCUCUGUUUUACUGGACCAUCUUUCUACAGCUGUAAACAGAAGUAUUCAGACUUUGCGUUACAGAGUUCUGCAGAGAGGGCGCUUAGGCUAGACAUUAAUUUUGCUGGCACUGAAUCUUUAAGAGGGAUCGGCAACAUAUGACUUCAUAGUUUUUCAGACUGCAAAUCACAUAAACCCUUAUCCCUGGCAAUGUUGCCUAGAGCUGAAGGAGUUGCAGGAAAAGAGACAAUGGGCAAUCUCCCACAAUUGGUUCUCAACCUGUGGGUCCCCAGAUGUUUUGGCCUUCAACUUCCAGAAAUCCUAACAGCUUGUACACUGGUUAGGAUUUCUGGGAGUUGUAGGCCAAAACAGCUGGGGCCCACAGGUUGAGAACCACUGUUCUAUAGAAACAUUUUCAAAAGCAGAAUUGAGCUCCUUAAGAAUUUUGAUUAUUUUUUAAAACCAAGAUGGAUAUUAAAGGUUUGAAUGUUCCAGGAUGUGUUGGAGCAGAGUUCCCAUCUUCCUGGGUCAGCAUAGCCAAUUGUGAAUGUUACAAUUGCCCUUCAGCAACAUACACAUCCCACCUCUGAUCUAGUCCUAGAGUUAUAUGAGUUAUACUUGAAGGGUCUGUUGUAAUCAGAGACGUGCCCAGAUGUUUCUUCCAGGGAUCAGGAUUUAGAGUCACACAAAGAUCUUUGCCAUUCCUCAUGACAAACAAAACCAGAAUGAGGUUGUCAUUUAAUACUGAAUUACUUGGAAGUAAGCUCUAGUGGUAUCUCUAGAACAUCCUGUUGAGUAGGUAUGUAGAGAUUUGUACUAUAAAUUAUGCAGAACAGUUGUUUAAUAAAUAAACGAUACAAGGCAAACUGUGAAUAGUUUAACAGA